GAAAUUGAGGCAUCACGACACUCAUAAACGUCUCAUUCAUCAAUCAACAAAGCAAACUGCUUCUCUACUCUUCUUCUCCGUUAAUCUCGCCCUCUUCUCUUACACUCUUUUCAGUUUCAGAUUCAUCGCAAUUCCAGUAGCAGUUAAUGUGCCUUGGAUUCUUCUGGAGAACAAUGGAGCCUUGAUUUUUAUGUCUGGUAAAAUGAGAACCUUGUUUGGCAAAACUUCUAGUGUUUAGUGUUUGGUGAAGAAUAUAUAAUACAGCAGCUCAAGAGGUGAUUGAAUAAAAUGGAAACUACUAGGCGCUGGUUUAGUAAGUUCAAGUCAAAUGAUAAAAUGAAAUCUGCAAAACACAAGGAAACUACAGGCAUGACAAAAGAAGGUUCAAAACCCCCAACAAAUGAGGAAGCACCUUCGAAUGUAACCAAACAGAAGGUUGAAGCUGCGAAGCAGUACAUAGAAAAUCAUUAUAAGAAGCAGAUGCAGAGCCUGCAAGAGAGGAAGGAAAGACGUGAUAUGCUAGAAAAAAAGUUGGCUGAUGCCGAAGUCUCUGAGGAAGAGCAGAGCAACUUGCUUAAAUAUUUGGAAAAAAAGGAGACGGAAUACAGGCGCCUUCAGAGACAUAAGAUGGGGGCUGAUGACUUUGAGCCCCUAACUAUGAUUGGGAAAGGUGCAUUUGGAGAGGUUAGAGUCUGUCGAGAAAAGGCAACUGGUCAUGUAUAUGCUAUGAAGAAGCUUAAGAAGUCAGAGAUGCUUCGUAGAGGCCAGGUUGAACAUGUCAAAGCUGAGAGGAACCUACUUGCAGAAGUUGACAGCAAUUGCAUUGUAAAACUUUAUUGUUCCUUUCAAGAUGAAGAGUAUUUGUAUCUCAUAAUGGAGUAUCUACCUGGUGGAGAUAUGAUGACAUUGUUGAUGCGGAAGGAUAUACUGACAGAAGAUGAAGCCAGGUUCUAUGUUGGGGAGACUGUCCUAGCCAUAGAGUCAAUUCAUAAACAUAAUUAUAUUCAUAGAGACAUCAAGCCUGACAACUUGCUGUUAGAUAGAAAUGGUCACAUGAAAUUGUCAGAUUUUGGAUUAUGUAAACCGCUAGACUGCAGUAAUCUUCAGGAAAAGGACUUCUCUGUUGGAAGUAACAGAAGUGGAGUCCUUCAAAGCGAUGGACGUCCUGUGGCUCCUAAACGAACACAACAGGAGCAACUGCAACAUUGGCAGAAGAAUCGGCGAAUGCUUGCCUAUUCUACAGUUGGAACACCGGAUUAUAUUGCUCCAGAAGUUCUACUGAAGAAAGGAUAUGGCAUGGAAUGUGAUUGGUGGUCUCUAGGAGCUAUAAUGUAUGAAAUGCUUGUGGGUUAUCCGCCCUUUUAUUCAGAUGAACCAAUGUCGACUUGUAGAAAGAUUGUAAAUUGGAGAACUCAUUUAAAAUUUCCAGAAGAAGCUAAACUAUCAGGAGAGGCAAAGGAUCUUAUUUGUAGACUCCUAUGUAAUGUGGAACAGAGGCUUGGAACCAAAGGAGCCCAUGAAAUAAAGGCUCACCCUUGGUUCAAAGGUAUUGAAUGGGACAAAUUGUACCAAAUGAAAGCUGCUUUUAUACCUGAGGUUAAUGAUGAAUUAGAUACGCAAAAUUUUGAGAAGUUUGAAGAGGUGGACAAGCAAACUGAACCGUCCUCAAAGGCAGGGCCGUGGAGAAAGAUGCUGCCAUCUAAAGAUAUUAACUUUGUUGGCUACACAUAUAAGAAUUUUGAAAUUGUGAAUGAUCAUGAAAUACCUGGAUUUGCUGAAUUGAAGAAGAAGAGCACAAAACCUAAAAGGCCGUCUAUAAAGGCCCUAUUUGAUGAUGAAUCUGCAAUGACUGCCAAUCAACCUGUCAGAGGGAGCUUCUUAAACCUCUUACCUACUCAAAUGGAAGUUCCUGAGAAAAGUGGAUCACAAUGAUCUAAUUUAAUAAUAUUUUACAGGACCAUGGAGAUAUAUAUAUGACCAAAUGUUGAUGACUACUUAUUGUUUUACACUUCCAAACAUUCUUUUGUUAGUUUGGCAUUGAUAGUUUUGGAAGCCAGGGCCAUGAAAUUUCUGGUUUUUUGGCUGACUGGGAUAUUUGUCUGUGUAGAAAAAUCGUUUAAGGUGUAUAUUCUUUGAUUUUCCUUUUAUCAAGCUACAAUGUGUUAAAUAUUAUAGUUAUUUCUUGUAAUUAAGUUACU